AACCAAUCAGAGGUUAUCGAGAAAAUUAGACAGCACUGAUUUUCACGUGGUUUUGAUAAGACUUCGCAACAAUCAUGAAUAAUAUGAAUAAAGUACAAUAUCUUAUUGUUGAUACGAGUGCUUUUAUAAAGAAUGCUGCUUUACAGGAUAUUGGAGUCAAUAUUUUGACUGAACAAGCUGUUGUUGAUGAAAUCACAAAUAAGAGACAAUUAAGAAGAUUAGUUGUACUACCCUAUGAUUUAAAAAUUCAAGAAGCUUUUACGGAAAAUAUUAAAUUUGUGACUGAGUUUGCUAAGAAAAGUGGUGACUAUACAAGCCUAUCUGCUACUGACAUUAAAGUGAUUGCACUCACUUAUCAGUUGGAGAAGGAAAAAGUUGGAACAUCUCAUUUGAAGGAUGCUCCAACAAUAAGGAGCAUUAAAUCUACUGCUGAGAGAAAAGAUGAAGAUGAUGUUAAGCUACCAAUUGGUUUUUAUAUGCCAAAUAAAAGUGAAAAACCAAAAUUGGAUCAAAAUACCACAGAAUCUUCUUUAAAUGAUGUGGAAAAACAGAAAAUACAAGCUACUUUACAUACUUCUGAUAGAUCUGAUCAGUCAGAUAAUGAAGCAUCGGAUGUUGAAGAAACUAAAACAGGAAUUUUGGCUGAAAAAUUUGCUAAACUAACAUGCAAUCCAGCAGAUUUAGAAAUUGAAGGUGAAAAUGAAGAUACGAAUGUUGUAGAUGAUAUUCUUGCUCCAGUUGAUGCAACAUCUGAAGAUGACCAAAAUGACAGGGAAUCAACUGAAGAUGAAGACGACGAUGAUAACGGUUGGAUCACACCAGGAAAUUUUGCUGACUUAAGAAAACAAAUGGAUCUGGAAAUUCUCGAAGAGAAAUCUGCAACCGUUGCAUGUUUAACGAUGGAUUUUGCAAUGCAGAACGUUCUUAUGCAAAUGGGAUUGAAUGUAGUUUCAUUGGAUGGCAGAGUCAUUAAACAAAUGCGGACUUUCAUAUUCAGAUGUUAUGCCUGUUUCAAGACCACAAGUGUUAUGACAAAGAUUUUCUGUCCACAUUGCGGCAACAAGACACUGAAGAAAGUGGAAGUCAUUUUAGAUGAGAAUGGAAAACAACAAAUUCAUAUAAACUUCCAAAGACCUCUCUCGGCUAAAGGAAAGAAAUUCUCAUUGCCAAUGCCGAAAGGUGGAAAACACGCAAACAAUCAUUUAUGUGAAGAUCAGCCAGUACCAGAUCAACGUCCGUCGCGUUUAGCGCGUAAAAACAAUCCGCUCCAUGAAGAUUAUAUAGCUGGUUAUUCUCCAUUCAUUAUGCGUGAUGUAAAUUCGAAAUCAGCUAUGUUGGGUAUAAGACCAGAUAAUACUAUUAAAUACUGGAUGAAAAAGAAUCCUAAUGAAUGUAGGAAGAAACGAAAAUAAAAAUUAUAUUUUUAUUACACAU